AUGAAACUUUUCUUAGUUGGUUUAUUUGUCGCCGUAUGCUCGGCCGGACGUUUGGAAAACAAUUAUUUGCCCCCAAAUAAUGCUCAAGCAUCUGGAGGUAACGCUAAAUUUUUAGCUGCCCCUUACGGAGCAGCCGGAGGCCCAACAACUCCUCCAGUACCAAUCUUGAAAAGUGUGAAUGAAAACAAUGGCGAUGGAAGUUACAAUUUCGAAUAUGAAACUGGAAAUGGAAUCAGCCAACAAGAAUCUGGACAUUUAGAAAACCAAGGAAGCGAAAACGAGGAACAAGUGGUUAGCGGAUCUUACUCCUACACUGGACCUGAUGGUAAUGUUUACACCGUUCAAUACCGUGCUGAUUCCAAUGGAUUCCAAGCCUUUGGAGACCAUUUGCCCACCGCACCUCCAGUACCUGAGGCUAUCUUAAAAUCUCUGGAACAAAAUAGAGCUGAAGAAGCCAGCCAAGCUAGCCAAGCUGCCAGUCAACAAUAUUUGCCACCUAACAAAUAUAAUGGAAAUAGCAACAAUGGAUACCAUUAUUAG